AUGCUCAACGGCGCGACGGCGGCGGCGGCGCCCGCGCACGCGGACGACUUCACGGCGGCGCUGUGGCUUGAGAUGGUGGACAGCACCGUCGAGUGCGAGCUGUGCAACGAGCCGUACGACGACGACGACGGCGCCGACGGCCACAUCCCGCGGCUCUUGGCAGCGCUCACGCACUUCAACGGCGCCGCGGGCGCGCGCGCUCUCCCCAAGAACUACGAGCUGGUGCGCGCGCGCCAGGAGAUGGAGGCGCAGACGCAGACGCAGCUGCGCAGGCUCAAAGAGGCCUGGGCCACGCAGGUGAAGGAGAAGGAGCAGCUCGCGCGCGAGGCCGAGGAGCACGCGCGCACGGCCCAGCGGGAGAGCGUGCAGGCCUCGCAGCGCGCCAAGUUCCUGGCCAAGCAGGUGGAGAUCAACGAGCAGGAGAAGAAGCGCGCGCAGGAGCUGGCGGAGGAGGCGCGGCACCGCGCGCUGGUGGCGUCGCAACAGGCUGAAGCGCUGCAGGCGGAGACGGAGAAUCUCAAGCGCCAGCUGCAGAAUGACGCCGCGCAGCUCGCGCGCGUGCAGCGGGAUGCGUCUAGCGCCGCGGCGGUGGCCAAAGAGCUGCACUCCAAGGCAGAGCAGCUUCAGCAGCAGGUGGACUGCGUCCGCGCGCAGUUGUCGCUGCAUGCUGGAAGGCACGACCCGAGUAAGUUGGUGGUGUUGGUGUGUGAGCCGACGACGGUGGGCUCCUGGCUCUUGCCGUACACGAGGUACGCCGUGAUCAGCAUAGCCAGUGAUACUGCUAAGGGUGCGCAGGCUAUUGACCCGUACCAGGCUGCCAAGACGUGGACGCGUCUGCGUCAAGUGGAAGAGCCCAGCUCCUCGGUGAAAGUGUACCGUCGGUACAGCGAUUUUGUCUGGUUGCAGCGCGAACUGCAGCGUCAGUUCCCGUUCGAGCUGGUACCGUGUGUGCCGGGAAAGCAGCUCUUCUUCAACAAGGAGAAGGAAUUUGUUGGUGAGCGCAUGCGUCUCUUGCAGGCGUUUUUGCGUGGUGUGCUCCGACAACCGCUUCUUGCAGUGACGGAGGAAGUGCGUGCAUUUUUGCUGUCCACCACCGAAGAGCUUGACAGCCUCCGACGCGCUAGCUCGAGUUAUUAUGGCAACCUGGAUGGCGAUGACUUGCAGUCGGUGGACGAGGAAUCCUUGGACGACGAGGUGGAAUCGCGGAACUCGUCUCCUCCUGCUGUCAGCCCUCCUUCGGCAUCAAAUGGGACGUUGAGCAAGCGCAGUAGCAGCUGGAGUGCGUGGGGUGCGGUGUCAGCUAUCACAUCGAGUGCUGCCAAGCUUGUGACCACGACGGGGACAGCCUUGACUGGAAUUGGCUCGAAGACUGGCACUGCGGGUCUUCCUGAAGAUCCAGAGCUGGAGUUGUCGAAGAGUUUUAUCGAGGCCGAAGGAGCAGACGCAGCAACGCGAGCUUGUAUCGAGCGUCGACGCAAGUACAUUGAUGUGGCGAGAUCUUAUCAGUCGACAGCGCAGAAGGGAAGUCAGCUGUCUCGUGCUUCAAGGCAGCAGUCGCACCACCUGCACCGCAUGUGUGAAUUACUGCACGAUAUGAAUACUCUUGACCAAGACCACGCACGCCGCCGUCGACAGCGACUUGCAGCCUCGCAGGUCGUAAGAGCUCGUGGUGAGGACGAAGAUGACGAUAUGGAGACGCGCGCUUUUGACGAGCGAGCGUCCGAUGUAUUUAGCGCGAUCUCACUGAACACGAAGAACGAUGCGGACUGCAUGGAGUACGCGUUGCUGGAGGUUGUACGCAUGCAGACGUUGGAGCUGGGCGGCAUUGAAGACGCCUUCACGCGUGUGCGCAGUCGUGAGGAGGCGCUGCAGGCACAGCAGGCUUCAGGCGCAUCUGCGAGCAGCCCGACUUCGAGCGACAGUGGAGCUUCGAUCUCUGCGUUGGCUUUGAAACGCGAAGAGCUGGCGACUCACCGGCGCGACUUGAAUGACAAGGUGACAAGGCUGGAUCCGGGCCGUUCGCAGUUCGUGUUCGAUGUGCUUCGCAAGAAUUCUAGCGAAAUGCUCAAGCUGGCUAAAACCAAGCGGAAACUCUAUCAAGCUUCGCAGCAGCAGCUUCUUGGCGUUGGACGCUAA